AUGGCCAAUGUAUGUGCUCAUAUCAAUGAGCUGGCUAAGGCUAAUUCAAGUGGUUUCUUUAGCAGUUUCGCAGCGUUCAAAACGGACAAUUGGAACUUAGAACAGUUUACGCAGGAAUUCCUGGACAAGUUGACGAAAUGUGAGGACAGCAAACAACGAAAGCAACACCUACAGUCAUUGAUGUAUGAGAUUUUGAUGCUACUGAGUACGGACGAUGUUGGAGGCCUUGAAGUGGAAGAAGCUAGAAACCUGAUCUCUAAAAUUUACAUGGCAGAGGGGCCAAAGAUCGCUCGAAUAUUCAUAGUUUUGGUCAACAGUCUUCCUGAAAAGUCAGAAAAGACACAGGAAUUAAUUCGUCGGCUCUAUAUGAUGGAUGGAGACUUCUGUACCUAUGUUCUCGACGACAAAUUACUGGAAAAAACGCAAAAGUUCAGCGCAAGACAACGGGCGCUUUUCAAGAAAAGUCUCCUAGACAGCGGAUAUAUGAUCCACAAAUUCAAUUUGCUUUGUGAAAAUCCUGUGGCGUACUCCCAACUGGUUACGCUUUUGCUGGUGGCUUACAGUGAUCCAACGAAUAUCGAAAGCGCCUCUACCUACUGGCAUGAAGCUCAGUGCAUUAUCGGAAAAUAUUCACUUGAUCCUUUGCGGGCGCUAGAUGUCAUUUUGAUCGUUUCCUCUCAGUACAUCACCGAUAACUACCAUUUUUUGGUUAAAUUCUUGCGCGUUUCCACGUAUUGGCCCGAUACCACAGCGGACUGCAGCUCACCCCAAAACCUGGGCAAGGGAGGGAACAUUAUGGCCAGCCAGCUGCUUACAAUGCAUUUGAAAGAUGGCGACGUUGACGUCAAACUUUUCGAUAUGGUCUGUGUACUUAUGAAGGAAGGCCUGGUGUCAUUUUCUUCCGUUUUCGAUAAUCUGGGGCCCAAUGAUGAGGAAAUUCAAAAGUUCACAGACAAGUUUUACAUGAAAUUGGAGGCUGAUAGCAUGAAGGGAGUCUCAAACCCUUUGGCGAUGGCUGCCGCUCUCGCCGAUGACGCAGAGGAUGCAAAUAAGCCAUCUACAGACGAUGCCGAAACAACCGAGGCUGUGGGAGCAACGCAAACCGAACUGGACAAAAGUAAAGAAAUGACUGAAAAGAACUAUUUGGAACGCGGUAAGAUGCUACUUUUACAGAGACUUUUAGCACAUGGUGCAGUGGUUCCGUUCCUUUGCUCAUUCCAAAAUUACUCGCGCUUUCUGUUGACUAGCGAGACGACCAUCAAACUCUACCUGAGAAUCUUCGAGCAUUCGAUCACUCCUCUUUACAGCUCUCUCAUUUCAUAUACGCCAAAGGCAACGAAGAGCGAUAAUGGGCUGAUACCCACUCAUAAUGUUUUCCAAACUCUCCAGUCUACACACGUCUACAGGUUUUACUAUGAUGAGUGUAUGAGACAUGUCAAAGAAGUCCAUGAUAUCGAUGACUUCAUCAAGUCAUGUCAUGAGUCGCUAACUCUCAUCGGCCCCCAUGUUGCUCGGGCCCCAAUAGUCGUUUCCAAACUUUGCAGAGUGGCGUUAAGUGAUAUCCAUAGAGGCCAAAAGGAUGAAUCGAAAAUGUUGGCUUGGCUAAAUUUCACACGAAAAUUUAUUCUACCUGCUCUUCCUCUAUUGACGGAGAAUUCCGCCAUUGUCAACGAAACUUUCGAUCUCCUGAGGCAGUUUGACUACGAAAAGCGCUAUUUCCUUUACAAUGAGCUAUCUUCAAAAUUGGCCCAAGACGAUACUUUCUCGAAGGCUGCUUGGAAUUCAUCGGCUAGAGAGGCGAGAUCAUUGCUCAAGUCUUUAAGCAUCGAUAACGUCGAUAAGAAAGGCAAAAAUUUUGCUAAAAUUCUGGCCAAAAACCCUGUAAGCACUUUGGACCCAAUAAUGAAUCAGCUGGAAAAUUACGACAAACUGGCUGACUUGGUUGUUGAAACCAGUUUACAUUUCAGCGACUUCACCUAUGACGUUCUACAAUACCAUAUUCUUCUUCGCUUGACAUCUGGAAGAAGAAGCUUACAAGACAGUGGAAUCCAUGUAAUGAUGUGGGUGCAAAGGAUUGCUGUCUUUAUCGCUGAGUUGGCUAAAAGGUCGUCUAAAAUGGACAUCACAAACAUAAUUCGCUUUGUGAUAAAGAGGCUGCAUAUAAACGAUAUGAUAGCAGUGACUGUUAUACGGGAACUCACGUCGAGAGUAGGCGGAGUCAAAGCCAUUAACGAUCUCAAUACAAAGCAAUUGAUGAUGCUCAACUCCGGGCCUCCUUUGCAAAAAAUAGCACGUACUGUUAUUCGAGAUCUGAGGAGCGAGAACCGCGAGUCUGCACAACGACUUCUGAAUGUAUUCAUCAGUGAGAAUGCCCUCUCCGAAGUCAUCAUUCUUCUCGACCAUUUGAGUAAGAAAUCUGUCGAUGAAGACAUACAUUACAAGGUGCUAUCUUCCAAAAUUGACGAUAUAAACUCAUUGCUAUGGGCGUUUAUUGAUAUGAGCAAAUACUUCCUAGGAUCUGAAGUGUUCAAGAACAAUAUAGUUGACUUUGAGCAUUUGAUAAGCGAAUACUCACUAUCAAUGGAAUGGGCUUUUCUCAUUUGGAGAGAAUACUACGAUGAGAAUCUCCACGAUGAUAUCAAACUUCAAGAGCAGUUUGACGAAGCCAUUGACAAGGCAAACUUCAUUCCUCAACAAUUUAAAGAGGAGCAUAGAGGUCUGUAUGUCAAGUUUUGGAAGCUUUCUCUAUAUGAUGUUUGUUUUCAGAAGGAACUUUAUGACAAUGAGAAGAGUCUCAUUGAGAAAAAUGCGAUCAACACUAAGUCCAUUAAAAAAAAACAGGACCUAUCGAGGCAAAUUGAAAGCAUUAUGGCUAGCCGCAUUGCACACCAAAGGGCUCAUAAUAGAUUUUUGGAAUCCUUGGCUAGCUCUUCUAUCAAUAUCACGCAGCUGAAGAGUUCAAACAUGGUGUCACCUUUCCUGCAGUAUUGUGUCGUCCCUAGAGCUUUAUUUUCUCCCGCUGAUGCCCUAUUCGUAGUCAUUUUCGUAUGGAAGACAUUCGGGAUUUCAGGAGCGUUGGACAUCAUCGAAGAGUUUCUAGCGACGCGAAUUCUGGGAUCAUUACUUUUCAGCUCUACGGGCUCAGAGGCCAGUUGCCUUGGUUUCUUCUUUGCUAAUUACCUUGAGAGACUUGAAGUGGCAAGAAAGUCGCAGGAGUUGAGCGAUGAAGAUCUCAAACGACUCUUCAAAAUACAAGGCCUGAUUGCAGAAGACAUAGUCAACCUGAUUGUGGAGCAAAACUAUAUGUCAAUCCGUAAUGGAAUUGAGUUUAUGAAGCAUUUGUCGGCUGUUUUCCCGGUUGUGAAAUAUGACAUCUUACAGAUGAUCAAAAGUAUGGAAAGGCUUAUUAGUGUAGACAAGCGAGAAGACAUUCUACUGCCAAGCAACGCUUUGAUUGGACAUCUCAAAGCACGCUUGAAGGGUGCCCUAGAUCUGGAUGCUUUCUACCAUUUGAGUCCCGAAGACAGGGAAGAAUUUGGAGCUGACGAAAAGGAUCUGAUAACGAAACAUCACGAAGCUUUGAAAGAAGAAGAGAUAGCAUCGAAAAAAGCGAUCGCUGCGAAAGAGGCCAAGGAUCAUCAAACAGCUGAAUUGGCGCAAAAGAGUCAUCCGGAAGAGGAGACAGAUUCAGGUCCGCAAACCAGUUCGAGGUUUGGACGUGUCCCUCCACUACCAAUGUAUGAAAUUCUUAACGAGAUGUGGGAUAUUGUUAAGUGCUUGGAGGCUAACAGAACGGCGUUUCUGUAUCGACAUCUCAGAAAUAAGCGUGUUUUAUCAGAGCUACACACCAUCGAAAAGACUACCGUCAGGGACCUCGAAGAGUACAGAUCGCGACUUGCAGAACUUCUGGAAUCCUUCUAUCGAAAUCUUGUCACUUCUCCAAACCAUGAAAAAUUCAAGCAGCGGUUGAACGGUAUGCUGAGUGCCUGUAAGUCUGUGACAAAUCCGUAUAGCACCCAAAAGAAGGUUGAGGGCAGGUAUCAGACUCAGAAAAUCGAAUAUGAUGACGAACCAGUUGCAGAAGCCGCCAAGUCUUUAUCUUCUCAGCCAGAUGAGUCAAGGUUUAAGUCAUCCGCUCACAUCGAUGACAGUAAACGACAAUCUAGAUACGGCGGUUUUAGAAAACCUGAACAGAAAGAGAACAGAGCUGGUAGGUCCAAUGGAGAUGAAGGUGCAUCUCACUCACGGAGUGACAGAAAUAAGUCUGAUCACUUUGGCAAGAGUCGUCCUUCUGAUGCUUCAAAUGCCAGGCCAUCGAGAGUACCUGAAAAAAAUGGACUUGAACAGAGGCCUUCGCGUACUGGAUCAAGAUACGAGGGUCAAGCUGCAACAGGAGUUUCAGGAGCCGGUAACGACACUAUAGACUCUAAGAAAGCUCAAUCGCCUAUCCCACGGGGACCCUCUCGCGCAAACCCUUCUCAACGAGGCUCUGUCGCUAACAGUCGAUACGGCGAUGGGUCUGCGAACAAGAUAAAAAUUGGCGAUCGGAACCGUCUGGACAGUAGUAGAGCUGAUCUCGCGAAACGUCCGAGGGAGGAUAGCGGCCAGUCGCAUCAGGCUAAGAGAGCAAAACCCGACCGUGGUUUCGAUCGAGGCCGUUUUUCGAAUUCAGCUCCGCAUGGCGUGGGCCGUGAAACUUCAAAGUCGGCAACCAGCUCGACAGGUCGGUACGAUAGAAAACCGCAAAACGAUCGGGCUGGUGAAGAAAGGCCUCUGAGGUUGCCCGCUGGUCCUCGAGGUCAGAAACCCCGUCCUAAUCGCGACAGUCGAUCGAGUCCAGCUCCUGAAGGUCCUUCUUCUAGUACACCGCAGAGCAGAUAUCAGAAGUAG